GCUGGCAGGGCUGCCCUUCCUGACUCCGGUGUGUCUGCCCCGCCCAGGAACGAGGAGGAACCUCCGCAAUGACCUGCUGGUGGCAGCUGAUUCCAUCACCAACACCAUGUCCUCCCUGGUGAAGGAGCUGCACUCGGCAGAGGAAGAAGACGAAGAAGAAACAGAGAAGCUGCAGAAUGGGAAGGACCGAGGUUAGGAGGGGCCACAGGCUGGACAGCAGCUCAGGCUCGGAGGUUGCACUUGCGAUCGAGGGACGUCUCCCCCCCUUCGGAAGAGGCAGUUCCAGCCCAUCCAUCACCAUCGUGAACUGUGACCGAUCUCCACCACCUGCUGCCGACACGGAGCGCUCUCCCGACACUCCCGGAGCCUCCGGGCGGUCUCUGCCCCUCCGGCCAUUGCAUGCACCCUCGGUGUGUUUCCUGCCGGGACCCCCCGUGUCCCGCCCGCCUCGGGAGGCUUCAAAAAGAAAAAACGCAAAGCUGGCAGGACCCUGCCGGUGGCUGUCCCCGCUCUGUGUGCUGCUCCGUUCCGGUCUCCUCCCGAGCGCUGCCACCGCUGUCCCUCUGUGCAUGGAACAAAAAGGGGCUGCGGCCCCUCCCGGGGGGAUUCCGCUCUCAAAAUCCCACCCGGAGCCGGCUGCGAGGUCCCGGCCUCCCGGGGGUGAUGGUGGGGGGCUCUGGUGCUCCCAGCCCUGCCCUUGGAAGGGUCCCGAGGCAGGAAUUGAGGAGCAGCCAGGUGAGGAGCAGCAGGAGCUGGGCUCGGUUUUGGUGGAAAUGAGGGAAAUAAGGGAGCGGGGGAUGGCAGCUGCCCCCGACCCGCGCUGGGCUCCAUCAGCACUCCCAAAACACGGCCCCAGCCACGGUGGUUCCAGCACUUCUCCCCAGUGCUGCUCGGGAAUGUUAUUUUUAGUGGAGGGAGCCGAGGGCCCUGCUGCAUCUAUAAAUAUUUAUGGAGGGUGACGGAUGAAAGGAGCAGAAACCCUGCGAGCACCCCCGGCCCUGCCCCCGGGAACGCGCUCACCGUGCCCGGGACAGGGACAAUAAAAACCCUGGUGGCCACAG